AUGUUUUUCAACUACUACCACCCAUACCUGCCUUUCCUGAACCCCCAGCAGUCGCCCGACACGUACUACCAGCAGCACUCGCUCCUUUUCUGGACCAUUGUCGCCGUCGCUGCGCGUCGCUACAGCGCCGACCCGACUCUGCUGACGACCCUGUCGGGCCCAUUGACGCGCCUGCUGUGGCAGACCAUCGGCGACGUGCCCAGCAGCUACUACGUCGUCAAGGCGCUCUGCUUGUUGUGCACCUGGCCCCUGCCCACAAGCACGACGACGGCCGAUCCUACACACAUUCUCUGUGGCGUCAUGCUGAGGACCGCCACGGGCAUUGGCCUGCAUCGCCCGAACCACACCCAGGACUUCUCCCGUGUCUCCGUCGACCUGAACAAGGAGCAGCUCCAUGACCGCGUCACGACGUGGGCCGUGUGCAACAUUGUCGCCCAGUCCAUUGGCACAGGCUACGGCCAGCCUGCGUCGACACUGUACGACUGGACACUGGCUGUGAGACGAGGCGAAGAUGGCCCCUUUAAACUAUCGCCCGUUCUCGAGGCGAGGCUGCAGAUCGAAAGGUUCUGCGACAAGGUGUCCAAAGAGAUGUACAGCAACGCCAGCGACUCGCGCGGCGUCGCAGGUGACGAGCACAGAGCCAUGCUGAUGCGUGUCUAUCGGCGAGACUACGGAGAGCUUCAGGCUUCCAUCCUUUCGCAGCAUCUCGGGCCCAUCGUCAACCUCCAUCUCAGGGCCGCAGCUCUUCAUCUCCGAUUGGCCGGUUUCUUUGACUCCAACACCACUCCGGGCUACAUGGAUGAUCUGAUGGGCCUUUGGCGCGCAACGACGGCCUUCCUAGAUCACAUUCUCGAGGACGACAAGGUGACGUCGCCAGGUCAAAACACGGCUGGCCACAUCCUGCUCUACGCUUCGAAUUAUAUCCAGCAGAUGCUCGUCGCGGCAGGAUUUGCCUCUCAAGCUGAGCAAAUCGUUCUUCGCAGAAAUUAUCGAAGCCGAACGCAGCCGCACGUCAUCAACAAUGAUUUGCAGUCUCGGCUCGCCGAGCUGAUGGUGCAGAUGUGGAACGGCGCUCGACACGACAUCAAGUCUGUCAAGAACGACGAGGUGUCGCCCCGACCUGUUGUCGAUGACACCCUGCAGCUCAAGGUUCGGUGCCGUCACAGCAUGAGUCUCGUGUUCGACUCGGUAUGGCGCUGGCGUGAGGACUAUCAAGCCCAGGGCCGCGGCACACUGGACGGCGCGCACACAAUAGCCCUGAAACAACCUACUAAUCCGGACUCAGCGAACGAGUCUUCGGCUUCAUCGACACACAUGGAUUCAACACUCAUGCCUGCCACUGCUGGUGCGCAGAAUCUGCCACAGACAUCGGGCAACAUGCUGGCACCGACCAAUGGUGCCCUCACGCCGGGUACCACUGCCGCGAGCCUAGCAGCACCACCCGGUGCGAACGGCAAUGCGGCGACAAACGGCACCAACAGCAACCUCUUGAGCGGCAUCAAUUAUACGGACAACACCAACUAUGACUUCUUCGACCCCCAACACUGGAUGCUAGACGGCCUGCUAGACUUCAACUACUCAUUCGCCCAGCCUCUCGAAGGUGCCUAG